AUGGAUGACUUCCACUUUGUAUUUAUUCUGCAUCUGAUGCUUAAAUUAUUGGGUAUAACAAAUGCAUUGUCGCUUGCCUUGCAACAUAAAGAUCAGAAUAUUAUCACUGCGAUGAACUUAGUAGAAGUUUUGAAAGUAGAGCUACAAAACUUGAGAGAAAGUGGAUGGGAUGCUUUGUUACAUGAAGUCACCAUGUUUUGUAACAAGCAUGGCAUUGUGGUGCCCGAUAUGGAAGAUCAGUUUCUUAUCCCAGGACGGUCUCGUAGUGCUAGGCACUUGGUAACUUGUUAUCAUCAUCAUCAUAAUGAGGUUUUUCUUCCUGUGAUUGAUCUGCUUACUAUUGAGAUGAAUAAUAGAUUUUCCGAAUCUAGCACUGCAUUAUUAAGGUACAUCUCAUGUCUUGAUCCAAGAGACUCCUUUUCUAGAUUUGAUCAACAUAGUUUGAUUUGCCUUGCUGAACUCUAUUCUGAUGAUAUCUCUGCUAUUGACUUGCAAUUUUUUAGAAAUGAUAUAGAUGCAUACAUUUUUGAAGUAAGAGAAAUUUCUAAUUUUACUAGUUGUGAAGCAUAA